AGCCCGUAGUAACAGCAUCUCAACUGAAGAGCAACAGUCCAGAAGCGACAGAGCAGAGGGGGAACAUGCCGAGGUCCUUCCUGGUCAAGAGUAAACGGGCCCACAGCUACCACCAGCCCCGGCUUCUGGACCAGGACUGCCGCGGUCUGGACGUGAUUCUGGCCCAUGUCAGCGCAGAGAACAAGUCGCGAGUGGAGUUCAAGCAGGACCCGCAGGAGGACUUCCUGGCCCCCGGGUCCGGGCUGCUGUCUCCGGGCUCGCUGUCCUCCGGGUCACCUGCCAGCUGCGCGGACAGUGAGCGGCCGUCCGACUGUGAUUUCUGGCGACCGCCUUCCCCGUCCUCAUCCCCAGAUUCGGACAGUCCAGCCGCAGAGGAGGACGAAACCCACUUCAACCUCCCGCUCUUUUCCUACCCGUGGAAAUACUCCGGUUCCGAGCUGAGGCAUCUGGUCCAGCACGCUGAGUACCGACACCAGAACCACCACCUCGCUGGCCCCAGAGAACCUCGAGCCCGCAUCGGCCUCUACGGACGCGACAAUGGCACCGAACCUCUUUACGCCGGCUCGGUGGACCGCCGGUUUUUCCGGGAUUGUUCUCCCACUCCAGGCCAGAUGUGCAGGAUUCGGGAUCCGAACCACGAGAUCAAGACCGAGGACGAGUUCCUCUGCGAGUCCAGUGGCUCGUACAAGUGUAUCAAGUGUUACAAGGUGUUUUCCACUCCCCACGGCCUGGAGGUUCAUGUCCGGAGGUCCCACAGUGGGACGCGGCCUUUCGAGUGUGGAAUCUGCGGGAAAACCUUCGGACACGCCGUCAGCUUGGAUCAGCACCGGGCGGUCCACUCUCAGGAGCGGAGCUUCAGCUGCAAAAUCUGCGGCAAAAGCUUCAAGCGCUCGUCCACUCUGUCCACUCACCUGCUAAUCCACUCGGACACGCGGCCUUAUCCCUGCCAGUACUGCGGGAAGAGAUUCCACCAGAAGUCCGACAUGAAGAAGCACACCUUCAUCCACACAGGGGAGAAGCCGCACAAGUGCCAGGUGUGUGGAAAAGCCUUCAGUCAGAGCUCCAACCUCAUCACACACAGCAGGAAACACACCGGCUUCAAGCCGUUCGGCUGCGACCUCUGUGGGAAGGGCUUCCAGAGGAAAGUGGACCUGAGGAGACAUAAGGAGACGCAGCACGGACUCAAAUGAGCUUUCAAUUCAAACUGCACUUUCUCUUCACGAUGCCUGUUCCCCGUGUAUGAAGGGAUGUUUCCUGCUAACUAGCUGUGUUUUUAUAUUAUUAAGCCUUCCAUUUGCAGGAGAACUGAAUUGUCUGAUCAAACCUGUAAUUUAACAUGAAUUUAUAAGCAGUAUUUUAUUUAAGUUGUAUUUAUU